CAACCACUGGGGAGAGGGGAGAGAGGGGGGGAGAGAGAGAGUAGAUUUUGAGAAAGAAAGCGAGGAGAAGAUGCCGAAGUUCGAUCCGUGGCCGGUGUUCUUUAAGAGAGAAUGGAAUCGGAACUGGCCUUUCCUGGUGGGUUUCGCCAUUACUGGAACCAUCAUCACCAAAUUCUCUCUUGGUCUCACUGAGGAAGAUGCGAAGAACUCUGCCUUCGUUCAGAGGCACAAGAGGUAA